UUGGUACUUGUUUCGGGGGUGUCGGCGUUUCCCUGGAUGAACGCGGAUUUCGAAGACAAAGCUAAACGGGGUCUCGAUGCCAUUAAAAGGGAUCCUGAGCUCGCGGCUUUGAUUGAGGAUAUUUACACCAGGCAAUUGAAAGAGAAAGAGGACUUUCACGCCAACUUCGAUUCGGUCGAAGAAUGCCAAGGUGACACCACGGAAGAGCACGUCUUGGGCAAGCGACAGACCACUGGCUGUAGAAGUCACCCCUUAUCCGACUUUCUGCCUACUACCGUUGUGGGUCUCAAGAAGUUCCCUGAGGCAGCUUACCCCUAUCAAGAUCCCAAACCUAGCGAUCAGCGUGGAGUAUGCCCAGGACUGAACACGCUUGCUAACCAUGGAUACAUCUCCCGCAGUGGGAUUGUCACGGUUGCAGAGACUAUCAAGGCCAGUGCAGAUGUGUUCAACAUGGGGGCUGAUCUCACCGCGUUCCUUGCUGGUGGCUCUGUCGUAUUCGCUGGUGAUAUUCCUACCAUGCGAUUUUCUAUUGGAGGAUCUGAUUCUCGCACAAACUCUGCGGGUCCCCUCGGCGCCGCUCUUGGGACAGAGACCGGUCUGAGUGGCCAUUUGAGAUUCAAGGAGGGAGAUGCUUCCGGAACCAGGUGCGACUUCUACCUUUGCAAUGGCGACAACCACAACCUCAGCCCCUCCGUAUUUCUCGACUUGCAGAAUCAAGCCAAGACAGUCGGUGCCGGCCAGUACAACGUCGCUGCUGUGACCCAUCACUUCGCCAACCAGUACACCAACUCGCGCAACAAAAAUCCCUACUUCUACUUCUUCCCACCUCAGGCCGCUCUCGUGAUCGGUGCCACGUAUUUCAUACCUGGAUUCUUUUCGAACGGAACCAUAGGCGCGGGUGGUGUUGCCAACGAAGCCUCCAUCGCAUCGUUCCUCGGUGCUCAAUUCAACAGCGAUGGCAGUGUGGUCUAUGUCCCUGAGCAGAUCCCUCCUCAAGGUUGGUACCGUCGCGGGACCCCAAUGUUCCUCAGUGAAGGCAUCGAUGGGAUAAUCACACUUUACACCGGAGCUGCUGCCAUCCUCAAAAACCCGCUUCUCUUCGGCGCCAACACUGGGACUGCUGGCUCCUUCAAUGGCUCCUUUGGCCUUGCUGACUUCGGCGGAACUACUAGGAAUGGCGUUGCAUGCCAGAUCGAGCAAGCUGUUUAUGGAAACUUCAUAUCAGAGUUCGGUAAUGUGCUCAGUACAAUUUCUUCUGCGUUCAACACAAUUACCGCCGCUUUUGGCUCCUUCGGAUGUCCAACUCCCAGCGGAGCGCCGCCGUCACAGGCAAUUGCAACCAACUAUCCCGGUUAUCCGAAGCCAAGCCCAUGCAAGUUGAACAGGAUGCAAAAUGGUUUCGACCAAUGUGCACCAGGUACCAAUACCUAUGGGGCAACCAACUCGAAGAAGGUGCCGUUCUGUCUGAAGAACCCGACUACCGGCACCGUGGCAGGUAAUCCGUAUCCGGUGCCGGUACCGUAUCCCGCUUAGGUUGGAAUCGAAUCGAACGUUCAGUAGAC